GUUGAGCUGAAGUCUCGUCGUAUGAAAAUUCGAAUCCACAGGCUCUUGGAGCUGCAUUCCUGUCUUCAAAAGGUUGUAUCGCUCCUAAAAAAAAUCCACAAUGAGUGCCAUCAAAGAAACCACUACCAAGACAGACGAUGAACCGGAGGUCGAACCAUACUGUCAUGACACUCGUGGCAAAGCCAUCUGUGAAAAAAAGCUAGAGUAUCGCCGAAGGAGCAGCGCGGAGGAAGAUGGAUUUGUUUGUGACAUUUGUGGCGAAGGUUUCUCGGAGAGAGGUCACCUGCAAGUCCAUCAGAUACCGGUUAUAUGUGAUAUUUGUGGCAAAAGCUUCUCAAGGAGAUGUCUGCUACAAGAACAUGAGACGGUCCACAAGAGCGAGAAAUUGUUUCUUUGCGGCAUUUGUGGCGAAGCAUUCUCAGAGAGAAGUCUACUACAUGAACAUGAGAGGGUGUACAGUCAUCAGGAAUUGUUCCUUUGCGACAAUUGUGGUGAAGGUUUCUCAAAGAGAAGUCUACUAGGAGAACAUCAGAUGCCAGUAAUUUGUGAUAUUUGUGGCACCGGCUUCUCAAAGAGAUGUCUGCUGCAAGAACAUGAGAUGGUCCACAAGAGCGAGCAAUUGUUUCUUUGCGGUAUUUGUGGCGAAGGUUUCUCGGAGAGAGGUCACCUGCAAGUCCAUCAGAUACCGGUUACAUGUGGUAUUUGUGGCAAAAGCUUCUCAAGGAGAUGUCUGCUACAAGAACAUCAGACGGUCCAUGAGAACAGGGAAUUGUUUCUUUGCGGCAUUUGUGGCGAAGCAUUCUCAGAGAGAAGUCUACUACAUGAACAUGAGAGGGUGUACAGUCAUCAGGAAUUGUUCCUUUGCGACAAUUGUGGUGAAGGUUUCUCAAAGAGAAGUCUACUAGGAGAACAUCAGAUGCCAGUAAUUUGUGAUAUUUGUGGCACCGGCUUCUCAAAGAGAUGUCUGCUGCAAGAACAUGAGACGGUCCACAAGAGCGAGAAAUUGUUUCUUUGCGGCAUUUGUGGCGAAGCAUCCUCAGAGAGAAGUCUACUACAUGAACAUGAGAGGGGCCACAAUAAUGAGGAAAUGUUUCUUUGCGACAUUUGUGGCAGAGGCUUCUCAAAGAGAAGUCUACUACAAGAACAUCAGAAGGUCCACAAUGAUGAGGAAUCGUUUCUUUGCGAGACUUGUGGCAGAGGCUUCGCAAGAAGAUGUCACUUACAACAACAUCAGAAGGCCCACACCAAUGAGAAAUCUUUUGUUUGUGACAUUUGUGGCAGAAGUUUCGCUGAAGGUUUUAAUUUACGACAACAUUAUCAGAGAGUCCACCCGAAGGAGAAACCGUUUGUUUGUGACAUUUGCAGCAGAGGUUUCUCCGAUGGUUACGACUACCUGCGACACCAGAGAAUCCACACCAACGAGAAACCUUUCCUUUGUGAUAUUUGUGGCACAGGCUUCCAAAGAAAAAGUCACUUAGAACUCCAUCGGGUGCUGCACACAAAGGAGAAACCCUUCCUUUGUGACAUUUGUGGCAGAGCCUUCUCUAGACAAUGUAGCUUACAGCGACAUCGGGGGCUCCACACUAAUGCAAAACCCUUCGCUUGUGACAUUUGUGGCAAAGGCUUCUCACGGAGCUGUUACCUCCAGCGACACCAGAGUGUCCACAAUAAAUGAGAAACCAUUUUCAAAAAUUGGUGACAUUUGCAGUGUUGUAGUACUCGUACUCGGUACUCGUACUCAAGUACUUUUUUUUUUUAGAGUUCUCAUACUCGUACUCAAAUGUCAAAGUACUCGUACUCGAAAUGAUGGUAUUUGUACUCGGGCAGCAAAGUACUUGAACUCAACAUGUAAAAAUUGUCUUCAUCAUCAAAGUACUCAGACUCGAAUAGCAGUUCUCGGGGGAAAAAAAACCUGUAUAGCUUGACUAACCACA